GCCUUGCUAACUACCUUUCAGCAAGGGGUUAAACUCAAUUAGUGAAAUAUCUUUCUGUAUAGAUGGGUAAAGGCUGAGAAGUUUAGAUGAAAGCAAUUGAAUGUACUUUCCUUGAUGAGUAGAUACGCUUAGUUCGUUAGUUAUUGCUAGUUACCUGUGAGGAACUAUGACUGUAGGAAGGAAGCUGACAAUGACGUAUCAUAUUGAGAGGAUGGUCACACCUCUCUGUGACCCCAGCAGCGAAUUCAGUGGAUUAUUGCUCUGUCACAAUGUCAUUUACCCGGAAGACAAACACUCUAAUGGCCAGGGACAAGUAGCAUGACACUCACGGUGGGAGGAGGAACUUUACACUUGCUGCCCGACUCUCCAGCUCAGCUCAGGCCUGUAAAGGAUGCAGCAGCUGAGGCUGAGUGAAUCGGACCAGGGCCUCAAAGACGUGUGUCACUGUCUAAUUUCCUUUGGACGAGCUAAUGCAACAUCUACUGACAUAUUUGUGUUUCCUCCCAGUUCUGGCCCCCAACCACGGUUCCGCUGCCGUCAGCAGGAAGUGCGGCUCCAUUUACAGGGGCUUCUCCCAGUGUCUCCUGGCCCUGGGGGACAGCAUGUCGGAGAGCCUGCAGUGGGGCGAAGACACCCAGGAGAUUGACGGCGUGUGCAGGUCCUGGGAUGAGUUUCACACCUGUGUGAACGUGGUGCUAGCAGGGUGCCCAGAUGAGGCGGCUGCAGUGUGGGAAUCGCUGCGGCAAGAGUCCAAGAAGAUGCAGUUCUCAGGGAACCUGUAUGAUAUGUGUGCCAACCGUGCCCAGCCCACUGCCAGUAUGCAGAGCCCACCCAGCCAGCAGGAGACCAAUCAGGAAUCUCUGAAAGGCCACGCCCCCCAGGAUGACCACACCCACCUCGUGCUGCUCGCCGCGUGUCUCCUCUGUCUGUGGUUACCUCUGUCAAGCUUCUAGCCGAACCACCGCAAAGGAGGGAAGGCUGGGGUCUGCUCAGAGAGGAGCGCAGAUGGACAGCCAUAGGGAGGGCCAUGCAGUUUUGGUCUUGUGUCAGGUUUCCAGCACUGAGCAUGUGCGAUGUACCUCCUCGCCUUGGAGAGACAUCAGUCGAGCAACUCCAGUAACACCAGCUCAGUCACAUCUACACACUCAUACAGACACACACAGCUUACUCUCUUCCUAUCUAGUUUUGUCCAUGAUGGACCACUUGUCUGGAAAGUUGAGCUCUUGGAUGGAUGAAGAGGGAGAAAAAAAAAAUCACGAUGGGGGAGGGGCAUUGUGGGGAGAAUUCUGGGUAAUUUCACAAAAGCCUGAGUCAGAUCCAGAGCCCAAAUUAAGCUGCCAGACAUUCAAAACAAGGCUGUAAAAAAUGAUCUGCCAAACGUGCGCUUUCAAUAGAUACAUUUUUCAUUCUAGUAUUUUUUGAGUAUCUUAUUUCGGCGCCGAUCUCUGAGAGAUGGCAGAAAAUUAUUAUUUUUAGGAAAUUAUCCCAUUUUCGUGUUAAAUUUAUAACUCUCCUGCAAUCAGUGCGAAAUGGAAUUUAUUACUGCAGAGCCCUCAGACAAUGGGCUGCACGUGCAGGUCAUUACAUCACAUCUGAGGUGGUGUUCAUGCUCUCAUCAGUGUAACAGUGAGGCCACUUUAAGCACAGAACUGUAAAUAUCAUACAUGGAGGUUUUUAUGUAUGUGAUUUUAAAAAAUAUCUAUGGCAAAAUCCCACAAUUAGCUUUAUGUCUGUUGUUUUUGCCAAACACUGUUGUUCAUUUCAUCUUUUACAUUUGUGACGCUCCUUACGUCUCCUACCUGUUUUUGUAGAAUUUGUGUUUGUCUGACUUCUGUGUCAGAUAUUGGUGUGACAUUUCAGUGAUGACAGUCCACGGAAGACACCUUUUUUUGCAUGAAAGACAGCAAAGCUUCAUAAAAGGUAAUUAUAUUGCAAUAACAUUUAAGUGUAUUUUUGUCUAUAGAUAUGUAGUAAAAAUACAAUUUAAUGCUAAAUAUAAUUACAGCUAAUACAAAAAUAUUGAUAUAUUGGUAUGUUGUCAUCAAUAAAUUAUGUUAUUUGUUAGUAUGUGUCUGUGUAAAUGUCAUGGGCCUUUUCCACUGCAUCCUAACUCAUGUGAUUUACUUUGGUUUGUCGGGCAUGAAAAGAAUAAGCUCAGCUUCAUUUGUCAUAAAGAAGAUCGACUUUAUAAAAAGCAGGCAGUCCUUCCUGGUGAUAUUUGUUAUCGCACAGUAUCCUCCUCCUUUUGUCAAAACGGAAGAAAUGAAACAGUUGUGUAAGUAAAGGUAGAGCAAAGCAUUUUUCAUACACAGAUUCAUGUUUUUUUUCUUGCACUUAAACUGACUAGAAUUUAUAAUGUUUUGGGGAGAUUUGAAAUGAAGUUUUAUAUGUGGUAGAUAUUUUUCUGUAUGUUAAUCAUGCAUGCAGCACAAAUAUUUCUAAUAAAAGGAGAAAAAAAUCAUUUGAGAUCAAUCUAUUACUCAGAUCCUCCAUGUCUUACAGAAACAGCCGUCAGUCGAGGCUCCCCAGACAAAAUGUGAUAA